AUGGCCGAUGUCGAGUCCGCGACGGUGAAGCUGGCCGAACUCCUGCGACACCCAGAGGACCUUGACAAGAUCCCCGCCCUAAAGGCCGAAUUCACACGGAAGAAGGCGGCUGUAGAUGGCCAACUGCGCCAUGGACUCAAGGAGCAGCUCGAGCUGACCCAGUCGGGCAUGAGCAGCAUCACCGAGGGGCAACGGACUGUCAAUCUGAUAAAGGAAGAGAUGAUGAAGAUAGACAAGCUAUGCGCCGAGGCCCAGAAUAUGAUUCAGGACUUCCCGCACAUCAAUCUGGUAGCCCAGACACACAAGAACUUUGAGUCGGUCGAGAAGAUGCGCAAUGACAUUGAGACGUUUGAGCAGCGGCUGGAGCAGUUGGAGAUGCUGCUGGGCGAGGAUGCCCAAGAUCCUGCCAACCAGCCCAACCUACUGCAGGUCCACUACGGCCUCACCCAGCUACGUGACAUCCGCGACGAGGCCAUGGGCCAGAUCAAGAACAGCGACAGCUCCACCGAGCUUAUCGACAACCUCACCCUAGAAAGCGGAGUUACCGUCCAGGACCUCUUCGCCCGCUUGGACGAUGUUGUCGAAUGGUUCGACAGACAUAUCGGGGAGGCAUGCAUCAACUUGAUCGAAUUGGUGCAGUCGGGCAACGAUGGCAUGGUCGUUCGCCUGGCCGUUAUCGUCGAGGAGGAGGAGAAGACGGACAAGAAGAUCAAGGCCCUACAGGAUGCCCAGAGAGAGUUUGGAGACCUGGCCUCACGCUUCAAGUCCAUCACCCAAGGGCCCAAGGAACUUCGCGGAUACAAGGAAAAGUUCAUUACAUCCAUCGAGUACGUGUGCAAGGCACUCAUGGACGACGUGCGAGAAAAGUUCACCGAGGACCCUGAGAAAGUUGAAAAGUACUUCAAAUGGUACUUCAACAACCUCAACACAGUGAAGCUGGGCAUGGUCAACCUUAUGCCCAAGAAGUGGAAAAUAUUCGAGACGUAUACCAACAUCUACCAUAAACAAAUGCAUGACUUCCUCAUGAGUUUCGCUGAUGACGAGGGCUUGGGCCCUCAAUAUCUUCUGGCAGUCAUCAACUGGGUAGAUAAGUACUACAUCAAAAUGCAGAAGCUCGGCUUUUCAGAAGAGCAGCUACAGCCACACGUCAUCGACAACCGUAGUGCUGAGUUGAUCCGUACAUACCGCUCCGUCAUCAUACAAGCCGUGGACCAAUACAUGGAGCGCAUCAACAAUCAGGACAGGAAAAGUUUCCUUGAUCAAGACAGAGGCGCAUACGAAAUCAACCCGGACGGCAUCUUUCAGACCAGAUCGCUGGGCGACGUCUGGACUCUGUUCAGCCAGAACAUCGGCGUUGCAGCCAGCAGCCAGCGUCCAGAUGUGGCCGACGGCGUGGUAGACGCCAUGUUCCGCGCUCUCAUAUCCCGACAACGCAUCUGGACACAGCUCAUUGACGAGGAAAAGGCGAAAUACGCCGGCCUGAAUCCCACCAUGGAUGGCGACAGCGUAGCCGUCUUCCAGGAGUGGCUAGUCGCAAUUGCAAACGACCAAAUCAUCUGCAUAGACGAUGACGUUGACGGCAGCGGUCGAGCCUCCUUCCUCAGCGUCUUCGAACGCGAAGUCACGCCCAUUGUGUCGCAGGACUAUAUGAUUGACAAGCUAGCCAAGAACAUUGACGAGGUGAAGAACGGCUACAUUGAUAUCUCAUCGCAUUGCAUCCAAACCUUCUGCGAGCUCAUUUUCCUAACCGACUUCAAGCCCAUUUUGUCAAAGUUCUUUACACCGGAAUGGUACAGUAGAACCGACAUGGCCUCCAUCAUCAUCACCUUUAGAGACUAUCUGUCCGACUACGAAGACCAGGUCCACCGCUCGCUGCGCGACUUGCUGAUAGACUCUCUGGCCGAUGAGCUACUCGUCCAGUACCUCGGCGCCGUGCGCAACAAAGGCGCAAAGUUCAAGCGGACGGACCAGUUUGCAGCAAAGAUGAAGGAUGAUCUCCUCACUGCUUUUGAGUUUUUUAGAGGCUACGGUGAUCAGGGUGCAGACAUCAUCCAGCGAUGGCGCGCUGUCCAAGAGUUCCUCAAACUUCUUGAAUGCGACAAGUCGCAGGUGCAGUUCGCAUACGUGGAAUUCAAGACCGCGUACCGCGAUGUUACCAUCACAUGGGUGGAGGCCGUACUGCGAACGAGAGAUGACUUCGACAGGGCCAUGUUGAACGCAGUUAAAGCCAAGGCGGCGGAACCCAUUGCCGAAGAUUCGCCUCCCGAUCCUAUCAUGGGCAAGGUGAAAUAA